AUGGCUCCCGCCUCUUUUGCCAUCGUGUCUGCGCCUUUGUCGGUAAAACUAUCAACCAAGAGCUGCUUCAGCUUUAGAGACUCAGUUCCCAGGAUCGACGCCAUCUAUGGUUGUGUACGGCAGAGCCGUCACGCGAGGCGACAUGUGCACUCAGUCAGUGGCGGGCUGGUUCCGCUCACCUCGAAAAAUCAACAUCAACAUAAAAGUCUGAUAAAGUUACCACCGAGGGCUGUCACUGUAUGGUCGAGAUUCAAGUCCGACCUGCCGGUUGAGCCAGUUCUUUAUUCGCAACUGACCAUUGGCGUUCCCAAAGAGACCCUCGCAAGUGAACGCCGCGUUGCUGUCGCACCACAAAACAUCCCUUUGCUGUUGAAGAAAGGUUUCGCCCGUGUUCUCGUCGAGCGAGGCGCUGGCAUUGAAGCUGAAUAUGCGGACGAGGUCUACGAGCAUGUUGGCGCCACUGUGGUCGACCGCGAGACCGUGUGGGCGGAAAGCAAUAUCGUGCUCAAAGUCCGUCCACCGAACCUGGAGUCGGAAGUACCCAAGAUUCGAGAGGGGACUGCCCUGAUUUCGUUCCUGCAGCCCAUGCAGAACAGACCCCUUGUUGAGGCUCUUGCUUCCCAGCGCGUGACUGCGUUUGCUAUGGACAUGAUUCCGAGAAUUUCGCGUGCUCAAGCUUUUGAUGCGUUAAGUUCCAUGGCCAAUAUCGCGGGUUACAAAGGUGUGCUUGAGGCAGCUAAUCACUAUGGUCGCUUCCUGACCGGUCAGGUCACUGCUGCGGGAAAGAUUCCUCCCUCAAAAGUCUUGGUCAUUGGAGCUGGUGUCGCUGGGUUGAGUGCCAUCACCACCGCCCGGCGGCUGGGUGCAAUCGUCCGCGGGUUUGACACUCGUUCUGCUGCUCGAGAACAAGUUCAGUCCCUAGGAGCCGACUUUCUGGAAGUAUCUGUCAAGGAAGAAGGCUCCGCAGCAGGUGGUUACAGCAAGGAAAUGUCCAAGGAGUUCAUCGAGGCGGAGAUGAAACUCUUCAUGGAACAGUGCAAGGAUGUCGACAUUGUCAUUACUACUGCGGCCAUUCCCGGAAAGCCUUCUCCUAAGUUGAUCACGGAGAAAAUGGUCAGUGCCAUGAAACCCGGCUCGGUCAUUGUCGACCUUGCAUCAGAGGGCGGCGGGAACUGCGAAGUUACUCAACCCGGCAAACUGAUUGUGCAUAACCACGUUACCAUCAUCGGCUAUACAGAUUUCCCGUCUCGUCUUCCAACACAGUCAACCAGUCUGUACUCCAACAACAUCACGAAGUUUCUGCUGGCAAUUUCCCCCAGAGAGAAUCACUUUGGCAUUGACCUGGAGGACGAAGUCGUGCGAGGCUCCAUUGUUACGCACGAUGGGAAAAUCAUUCCUCCUGCACCACGACCUGCACCACCUCCUGCACCUGCGCAGCAGCAUCACGAACAGGAAUCCAAACCUGUUGCUCUGACACCAUGGCAAAGUCAAGCCCGUAAUGUCGCAGCCGUGACUGGAGGUAUGAGUGCAGCUCUUGCUCUGGGGAAAUUAACGUCCCCAUUGUUCAUGGGUAGCGCAUUUACUGCUGGCCUAGCCGGCCUGAUUGGCUAUCGCUCGGUCUGGGGUGUGAUUCCUGCUCUUCAUUCUCCUUUGAUGAGCGUUACCAACGCCAUUUCCGGCAUUGUGGGUGUAGGUGGCUUCUUUAUCAUGGGUGGCGGCUAUUUGCCAGAAACGGUCCCACAAGUACUCGGUGCGCUGUCGGUUCUGCUUGCUUUUGUUAAUGUGUCAGGUGGGUUUGUCAUUACGAAGCGCAUGUUGGAUAUGUUCAAACGACCUACGGACCCUCCGGAGUAUCCAUGGCUGUACGCGAUUCCCGGUGUGCUAUUCGGUGGCGGGUUCAUCGCCGCAGCAAGCACAGGUAUGGCUGGACUCGUGCAGGCCGGAUAUCUGGUGAGCAGUCUGCUCUGUAUCGGAUCUAUCCAAGGACUUGCAUCGCAAGCAACCGCCCGGACUGGGAACCUGCUUGGAAUACUGGGUGUCCUCGCCGGCAUCAUUGCCUCACUCGGCGCCGUAGGGUUCUCCGGGGAAGUGAUGACACAGUUUGGCACGAUUGCAGCUAUUGGUGGUAUUGUUGGCGCCCUGAUCGGACGGCGGAUUACCCCUACCGAGCUACCUCAGACGGUUGCUGCCUUGCAUUCCGUUGUUGGUCUCGCCGCUGUCCUCACCAGCAUCGGCAGCGUACUUGCUCAUGUCUCGGAUAUCUCGUCUUUACACAUGGUGACAGCGUAUUUGGGCGUUCUCAUUGGUGGUGUAACAUUCACUGGUUCUCUUGUUGCGUUCCUCAAACUCGCAGGACGAAUGUCAUCUCGACCUACCAUCCUCCCAGGUCGCCAUCUUAUUAAUUCUGGCCUGUUGGCCGCCAACGCUGGCACUAUGGGUGCAUUCUUGACCAUGGCGCCUGGUGCGCCCGCCGUGGCUGCAGUAUGCCUGUCGGCAAACACUGCGCUCAGUUUUGCCAAGGGCUUUACCACGACCGCUGCUAUAGGAGGAGCAGAUAUGCCCGUGGUCAUUACGGUGUUGAACGCUUACUCAGGCUUCGCUCUCGUCGCGGAGGGCUUCAUGCUGGACAACCCCUUACUACUGACUGUAGGCUCGUUGAUCGGUGUCAGCGGUUCGAUCCUAUCGUACAUUAUGUGCGUCGCGAUGAAUCGUUCACUUACCAACGUCCUCUUCGGUGGCAUUGCGCCAAUCGCUCAAACGUCGCAAGAAAUCAAAGGUCAGAUCACCAAGACCACCGUGGAAGAAACGGUCGAGGCGCUCGCCAACGCCGAAUCCGUAAUCAUCGUAGUGGGUUAUGGCAUGGCCGUGGCGAAAGCCCAGUAUGCCAUUGCCGAAAUCGUCUCGCUCUUGCGCUCCAAGGGUGUCAAUGUUCGCUUCGCCAUCCAUCCCGUCGCGGGCCGAAUGCCGGGACAGUGCAACGUGCUACUGGCCGAGGCGAGCGUGCCGUACGAUAUUGUCUUGGAGAUGGAUGAGAUCAAUGACGAUUUCCCGGAGACGGACCUCACGUUGGUCAUUGGCGCGAACGACACGGUGAAUCCGAUUGCAUUGGAACCUGGAAGCCCCAUAGCCGGGAUGCCCGUGUUGCAUGCGUGGAAGAGUAAAGGGGUGGUUGUGAUGAAACGAGGCAUGAGCAGUGGAUAUGCCGACGUCCCGAACCCCAUGUUCUACAUGCCCGGCACGAGGAUGCUGUUCGGCGACGCCAAGCAGACUUGCGACGCUCUCAAGGCGGCCUUGGAGACGAGGUACAAGGCGCAAUUCCACGUCUAG